UUAAUCUCACAUGGUGUUGGAGUCGUCGUGCGGGGAAGCUCUGCGAUGGGGGGGGGGGAUUGGCUCAAGGUCAGCGGAGCUGGGAAAAAAACCACAGGCCUUGUGACAACUUCAAUCUGGACGACCGAUUCUAUUAAAACGCCUGCCAGAAAAGCGUCGAACCGAUCCCUAUCGUAUGUCUCCGUUGAUCGCCACGCAGCUGGGAGAGAACAGGGCGGGUGGGAAGCGGGGAGGCGAACAAGGGAGAGAGGGGUAUUUGACAAUCCGGAAAAGAAAAUAAAAGGAACAGCAAGCAAAGGAAAGUCACGAGAGCAGGCUGACCAAGGUCCCGGAACGCCCACGACGCUGUCUGACGAGCUGGUUCAGGAUCUGGAGGUUGCUGUAGGAAAAACACGGGGAGUUGCACAGAGAGACUACAGAGAGACGACAGAGAGAGACACCGCGGGCGGAGAACUAGAGCAGUUCGCCCAAAACAGCAACUCUCCUGUCAGCCCAUCCAGGCAACUCUUUCUCCCCCUCCUUUCCUUCUUGCCGUCAACUCCCCUUCCCCUCCCCCCCCCCUCAUCUGUGUCAUUAGUCGUCAGUUCUGUUGCUUCGAGCUGGAGGGGUCUUCUCUAGACUUCCAUGACAUUAGUCAUUCUCAUUGCCGCGUAUUCGCUGCCGCGUACUUGCGUUGCUGCCUGUUUACUCGCCUGCCUGUUCCAGACCCGAAAAGUGCCUGAAACCCACCAGUCUCCACUCGCGUCGUAUUAUUCUGCCGAUGAAGGGACGGAGUUCUACUCCGGAGCACACUUGGGAUAGUGCUGUUUGGAAAUUCAAUGGGUUCCAUAUCGCUGUUCGGCACGACCACAAGCAAUGGGAGUAU